AUGAACGCACAACUGCUGAUUAUUUUCGGGCUUCUGUUAACAACACAAAUUUGUUUGAGUACAAGUGAUGGAAUUGAAGAAAAAACAACAGAAUCUUCUGUUACUCCUGCGAUUAAAAGGUCAUCCCAUCAUCACUACGAGACGCCUAACUUCCAAGGAUUUUGGAAAAAGAAGUUAAUUUGGAGGCCUCGAUGGGUGAAAACUUGGCAGGAGAAGAAGAUAUACGUGGCUGUAUGGAAGAGAAUGUGGGGGCCUGCAGUGGUCAAAGAAUGGGUACCGGUCCCCAAACCUCCACCAGGUUGGAUCAAAAGUGAUCCUGGUGCAUAUUUUGUUAAAGUUGGUGUACCCCAC